AAAAACAAACCUUCAACAACCAUUCAAGGUGGUCCCUUAGCCGAUUGAAAUGACCGAACAUUCACCAUAUGAAGAUUCCCAGUCCUACCCCAGUCGAUCUCCAAAGACUGUGCUAAUAAUUAAAAUGAUAAGUGUAAUCUCCAUUGUUUGGCAUAUGUGGAUGACUUUACUUUUAUUUUAAUUCGCUAGACACUAAUUGGUCUUUUUGCUUUUCCAUAGAGAAAGAAAUUGGUUGGUCCUUGUUCUUAUGGUUACAAUAACUCAGAGGUCUUUAAUAUCUUUUCUCUAAGUAAAUUAUUUAUGUGUCUUGCUAUUUUUUGUCCUUGUAGCAAUUUCUUUUACUUUUCAUAGCUGUCUUAAUCCCAUUUUUUCUUCAUCCAGGCCAGCAAACACCUUGACUCCUUAAUUUGUGUGGGGUGCCAAAGUCAAGAAAGGUCUCUCCUGAUCUUAUCAUCUCAGCUAACAUCGAUCUGGCUUGGACAAUAGUCUUAACACUAUUAUGCUUUUAGAACAAUCAAUGAAACCGCCACAAGUGACGAUUUCCGAAUUCUGUUUAUACUUUCUCCACCUGCACCUGCGCGAUCACUAUAUCUAUUUGGCAAUAAUAAACUCAUAAAUAAACAAAAACCGACCGUAAUUCUGAAGAAGCAAUGAAUUCGGAUGAUCCCCACUUCCUCCUUGUAACCUUUCCUGGCCAAGGCCACCUAAACCCAACUCUCCAGCUAGCAAAGCGCCUGAUACAGGCCGGUGCACGCGUCACUUUUGCCACCACCAUUUACGGCCAACGGAAAAUCAAAAGUUUCCCUUCUCUCGAGGGCUUAGCGUAUGCUUUUUUUUCUGACGGAUUCGAUGAUGGAAAUUUUCCGUCUGACAAACAGGAGGAUAUUAUGUCCAAACUCGAGCAUGUCGGGUCCCAAACUCUAACCAACCUACUACUGAGCUUGUCUGGUGAAGGCCAUCCGGUAAGUUUCUUGAUAUAUAGUCUGUUGCUGUCUUGGGUCGCUGAUGUGGCUCGGGCCUUGUCCAUACCUUCUGCUUUACUCUGCAACCAUGGUGGUGCUUCGUUCGCUAUCUACCACCAUUACCUCAAUAGCCAAACUGGUGCUUAUGAUUCUAAAAUCAAUUGCCUUCCAAGCAUCAUUAACUUUGAAGGGUUGCCUCCAUUUGAAUGGAAAGACCUGCCUUCUUUUCUGUUACCAAACAGUCCACACUCUUUUGUCACGACUAGCUUUCAAAAACACAUUCAAGUUCUGGAAAAAGACUCUAGCCCUUGUGUUCUUAUAAACACCUUUGAUGCACUAGAAGAAUAUGCAAUCAAAACCCUUGCUCAUGAUUCCAACAUAAACUUGUUCACCAUUGGACCCUUGGUUCCAUCAGACAAAUUCAUUGGCUGUGAUUUGUUUGAGCACUCUAGUCAUGACUAUUAUAUCCAUUGGUUGGAUUCCAAGCCAGAUUGUUCAGUUGUUUACAUUUCCUUUGGUAGCAUGGUAGUAUUGCCGAGGAAUCAAAUGGAAGAAAUUUUUCAUGGAAUAGUCGAUAGUGGCUACACAUUCUUAUGGGUAAUCCGACCAUCAAAAGAUGGAGAAGAAGAAGAAGGAUACGAGAAUGCGAUAAAAGAUAAGAUAAAGGAAGAACAAGGGCUGAUUGUUCCAUGGUGUUCACAAGUUGAAGUGUUGAAUCACCGGGCGGUAGGUUGUUUUGUGACGCAUUGCGGGUGGAACUCCACUACGGAGUGCUUGGUUGCAGGCGUGCCAAUGGUUGCAUUGCCUCAGUUUUCAGAUCAGACCACGAACGCAAAGCUAGUAGACGAGGUAUGGGAAACUGGCAUUAGAAUUAAAGUAAAUGAAGGUACUGCAGUUGCAGAGAAGGACGAGAUCAGAAGGUGCUUGGAGAUGGUAAUGGGAAAUGGACAGAAAGGGGAAGAAAUGAGAAGGAAUGCUAAGAAGUGGAGAGGAUUGGCUCUCGAGGCGACGAGUCAAGGCGGUUCCUCAGCCAAUAAUUUCAAGGUUUUCAUGGAAAGCUUUGUCAAGUGAAAAAUGAUCUGUCAUGGAUUACAACUUGAUCUAAUUAUUGUACAUAUAGCCCAACUUUUUUAAUAAUGUGACUAUCAUAAGCAUUUGAUUCCAGGGGCCACAGGUCACAAUAACUUAGAGUUCUUAAUUUA